AUGUUUUCCUCUGUCUGUCGUCCGGCAAGGAAGGCAGGCGCGGGCGCUGGUGGGAGAGACAGAUUUGACAAUCUGCAAGGUACCGUCGAGAUACCUCAGAUGUUUCGCAGACGACCGGCCCUGUUGGCGAGGAAAGCUCAUGUACAACCGGUACAGAACCGUAACUUGUGGCUCUUGUCUAGGUCUCUCGAGGUCUCUCGAGGGUCCCUCUUUGGUCCUUCAGCCCAAGAUAAGGCCUGCCAGUGCCUGCCCAUGACGGCGGCAGGGGUAUGGCUGGUUCUGGCUUCUGGUAUCGAUUGCGGUGGGAGUUUGGGGGACCACAGAUACAUGCCAAUUCUGAUUCGGUUCCCAGCGUCCCACGACGACAAUGUCCAGGUACUUUGCCCGAACCCAGGACACCCUCUUCACCCACACAUUUCCCGCCCUUUAACCUGCCUUUCUGUGCUGCACCACCACUCCCGUCUGCCACUAUCAGACGUCUCUCAAGUAUCCCUACUGCCUGGCUACGGCCCCGCGGUCCUCUACCACCGGCAUCAAGUCUCCGUGGGAAACGGAAAUGCGACGGGCGGACCUUUCACCUCUAGAGGUAUCGUCAACUUCCUCUUCUCCGUAAAUGGCCCCUGGGAAACUCCUCUUCCGCUUCCACUUGGGUGGUUUUGUUCUCCCGUUGACGAGCCACUCAGAGGCCGCCCGGCACCGCCCUUGCGGCAGUAUCUGCGACUAGCUGCUGCAGCUGCGACCACCGACCCAACAAUGACCACCUCGAGAAAUCGCUACUUUGUAUCCAGGUUUCCUACAGGCUACAGACAACAAGAAAAAUUGCAGGAGCCACCGUGCCACAACGCGGGGCACGUACCGAUACAUGUCAUUUACGAGGCCCACGUCCGUCGGUCCGCUGUCCGCUGUUUCUAUCCUUGGAUCUUUGGGGUGCUCGUGUGCACUGUCGCCCGCCGCCGUGCCCAUCGCCUUCGCCCUCGCCGCCGCUGUCGGGUCGCUGGCGCCGCUCCUCUUAUCCUUGAGGCACAGUCUUACAGAGUACCUACACUAUUGUCGCUGUCAGUGUAUGUAGCGCUGCUCACGGUGGCUGUGGCUGUGGCAUCCGCCUUUCGGAGACAGGCCGGAAGCCCAAGGAGAGAUAUUCCAGGUCUUAGAAACGGAAAGGAGACUGCAACCGGUGCGGGCUCCGCGAAUGGCUUGCUGGGCGGUUCUGAAUACCCCGAGGUAAACGUGCAUAUUCCUGGCGCGGAAUUUCCUUGGGAUGGCACUGAACUCUUCCGGUCAGCUUUGGGGGGUGUCGUCAGGUACCUCAACUUUCCAAAAUCUCGUCAGCUUGACGACCUUUCCCUCGAGUCGACUUUCCCAGUUUCCCCGCCAAAGGACCCUAGGUCCCAGGAUGACGAUACACCGCGCACCAGCCACUCAGAGUCUCACACCCUCACCGGCCCCAGGAUCGUAACGUCCUUUCCAUCGCACAAAUCUCUUCAGGUUACGCCGGCGCAACUUGUCGCGGCACGGCGACGCGCGCACUUGCGCUAA